CUGGGAGGCAGGCGGUGGCGGGAAAAGAGGGGCAUCCUCGGCAGGGCGAGCGUCGGAGGACCAGGGUAGGGGCACCCACAGGAGGGUGAGGAGGGAGAGAAAGAAAGUUGCGGGAGAGCGAGGCUGGCCCACUGUGGACGCCGGGGAAGCCGCGGAGAGGCUCCCCGCGGUAGAGGGAGUCCCGGCAGGGGGUCCGGCGCGGAGGCGGAGGCGGGCACUGAAGGGCGGGGCGGGGAGGGGCGGCCGUCUCGGCCCUCCCUGGCGGGGCCCCGCGGCCUGGGAGCCCGAGCGGGCCGAUCCGCCACCGCGGCCGGAGCUGUCCCCUAGCCAGACCCAGCGAGACGCGAGCGGCGGGAGGGAGGCGGCGGCGCGCCCGGCCCCGCCCGCCCGAGCGUCGGACGCGGCCCCGCGCCGAGCCAUGGAGCCCGAGCCAGUGGAGGACUGUGUGCAGAGCACGCUUGCCGCCCUGUACCCCCCCUUCGAGGCGACAGCCCCUACGCUGUUGGGCCAGGUGUUCCAGGUGGUGGAGAGAACUUAUCGGGAGGAUGCCCUGAGGUACACGCUGGACUUCCUGGUGCCCGCCAAGCACUUGCUUGCCAAGGUCCAGCAGGAAGCCUGUGCCCAGUACAGCGGUUUCCUCUUCUUCCACGAGGGCUGGCCACUCUGCCUGCACGAGCAGGUGGUGGUGCAGCUGGCAGCCUUGCCCUGGCAGCUGCUGCGCCCAGGAGACUUCUACCUGCAAGUGGUGCCCUCCGCAGCCCAAGCGCCCCGCCUGGCACUCAAGUGCCUGGCCCCAGGGGGCGGGCGGGUGCAGGAGUUGCCUGUGCCCAAUGAGGCCUGCGCCUACCUGUUCACGCCUGAGUGGCUGCAGGGCAUCAAUAAGGACCGGCCCACAGGUCGCCUCAGUACUUGCCUCCUCUCUGCGCCCUCUGGAAUUCAGCGGCUGCCCUGGGCAGAACUCAUCUGCCCACGAUUUGUGCACAAAGGGGGCCUCAUGGUUGGACAUCGGCCAAGCACGUUGCCCCCCGAACUGCCCUCUGGACCCCCAGGGCUCCCCAGCCCUCCACUCCCCGAGGAGGCCCUGGGCACCCGGAGUCCUGGCGAUGGGCACAAUGCCCCCGCUGAAGGACCUGAAGGCGAGUACGUGGAGCUGCUGGAGGUGACACUGCCUGUGAGGGGGAGCCCCACGGAUGCUGAGGGCCCCUCGGGCCUCUCCAGGACCCGGACAGUACCCACCCGGAAGGGUGCUGGAGGGAAGGGUCGGCACAGGAGACACCGUGCCUGGAUGCACCAAAAGGGCCUGGGGCCUCGGGACCAGGAUGGGGCACGCCCACCGGGUGAGGGAAGCAGCACCAGAUCCCCUGGAUCACCUCCAGGAGCCGAGGCUCUCCCAGAAGCAACAGCCUUAGAGGUGUCUGAGUCUCCAGCAGAGACAUUGGGGGAAGCCUCUGAACCUUGUCCCCUGAGGCUGGGGGAGGCUGGGGGAGGGGCAGGCCAAGGGGCUGAAGGACCCCCUGGCACCCCUCGGAGAACAGGCAAAGGAAACAGGAGAAAGAAGCGUGCUGCAGGCAGAGGGGCUCUUAGUAGAGGAGGGGACAGUGCUCCACUGAGCCCCGAGGUCAAAGAGGAGGCCAGCCACCUGGAAGUCCUUGUCACUCUGCCCCCACCAAAUGAGCAUGACCCCCCAGGAUAUAGCCCCGUUGAGGAGGAGCACAAAGGCUCAGGGAAGCCAGAGUCAGAGCUGAAAGAGGAGCUCAAACCAGCAGAGAAAAAAGAGCCUCAGCCCUCAGAAGGCUGUGGACCCACAGAAGAGACAGCCAGAGAGAAGGAUCCGGAGGGCUCCAGUCUGGCAGGUGUGGCAGGACCCGCAGGUCCAGAAGGGCUCCUGCCAGACCCACCAGCACCACCCCCGGAGAUGGUGCAGAAAGGGGAAGGGGACAGUGCCCCAGAAGAGGCUGCUCCAGUAUCUAUCUCCGAUGACCUGGAUAUAGCUUGGGACCUAAUGGCGUCUGGAUUCCUCGUCCUGACUGGAGGGGUGGACCAGAGUGGGCGAGCUUUGCUGACCAUUACCCCACCGUGCCCUCCUGAGGAGCCCCCACCCUCCCGAGACAUGCUGAGCACUGCUCUUCAUUACCUCCACUCAUUGCUCAGGCCUGAUCUCCAGAUAUUGGGGCUGUCCAUCCUGCUGGACCUUCGAAAGGCACCCCCAUUGCCUCCAGCCCUCAUUUCUGUUCUAAGUCAACUUCAGGACUUAGGAGACCCUCCCCUCAUUCAGCGACUGCUGGCUCUCACUCAGGACGAUCCUGUGGCUGAACUCUGUGGACUUCAGGGUGCUGAGUUGCUGUCAGAGAGUGAUCUGAAAAGAGUGGCCAAACCAGAGGAGCUGCCAUGGGACUUGGGAGGUCACAGGGAACCCUCUCCCAGCUACUGGGUAGAGACACACCAGGAUGUGGCGAGGCUGUGCUGCCUGUGCCAAGGAGUGCUGUGCUCUGUGCGGCAAGCAAUUGAGGAGCUGGAGGGAGCCGCAGAGCCGGAGGGAGAGGAGUCUGUAGGAAUGCUUGAGCCCCUACAGAAGGUGUUGGCAGAUCCCCGGCUGACAGAGCUGCAGAGGGACGGGGGAGCCAUCCUGAUGAGGCUGCGUUCCAGCCAUAGCAGCAAGCUGGAGGGCCCGGGCCCAGCUGCGCUGUACCAGGAGGUGGACGAGGCCAUUCACCAGCUCGUGCGCCUCUCCAACCUGCAUGCCCAGCAGCAGGAGCGGCGACAGCGACUGCAUCGACUCGAGCAGGUGCUGCAGUGGCUCUCGGGCCCAGGGGAGGAGCAGCUGGCUAGCUUUGCUGUGCCCGGAGACUCCCUGUCUGCCCUGCAGGAGACAGAGCUGCAAUUCCGGGCUUUCAACACUGAGGUUCAGGAGCGCCUGGCCCAGGCACGGGAGGCCCUGGCCCUGGAGGAGGACACUGCCUCCCAGAAGGUCCUGGAUGUCUUUGAACAGAGGCUGGAGCAGGCUGAGAGUGGCCUCCAUCGAGCGCUGCGGCUACAGCGCUUUUUCCAGCAGGCUCAUGAAUGGGUGAAUGAAGGUUCUGCUCGGCUGGCAGGAGCAGGGCCCGGUAGGGAGGCCGUGUUGGCAGCCCUGGCCCUGCGGCGGGCCCCGGAGCCGAGUGCUGGCACCUUCCAGGAGAUGCGAGCCCUGGCCUUGGACUUGGGCAGCCCUGCUGCCCUGAGAGAGUGGGGCCGCUGUCGGGCCCGCUGCCAAGAGCUGGAGAGGAGGAUUCAGCAGCAGCUAGGAGAGGAAGCGAGUCCACGGGGCCAUCGGCGACGGAGGGCAGACAGCACCAGCAGCGGAGGGGCCCCCCGGGGCUCUCACAGCCCCUCACCCAGCCUUAGUUCCCUGAUGCUCCCCAGCAGCCCUGGGCCACGCACAGCCCCAUCCCAUUGCUCCCUGGCCCCCUGUGGGGAGGACUGUGAAGAAGAGGGCCCUGACUUGGCUCCAGAAGCAGAGGGUAGACCUCCGAGGACUGUGCUGAUUCGAGGCCUGGAAGUCACCAGUACCGAGGUGGUAGACAGGACGUGCUCGCCCCGGGAACAUGUGCUGCUGGGCCGGGCUGGAGGUCCAGAUGGGCCCUGGGGAGUAGGUACCCCCCGGAUGGAGCGCAAGCGAAGCAUCAGCGCCCAGCAGCGUCUGGUGUCAGAGCUGAUUGCCUGUGAGCAAGAGUACGUGGCCACCUUGAGCGAGCCAGUGCCGGCCCCGGGACCCGAGCUGACUCCCGAACUAAGGGGCACCUGGGCCGCAGCCCUGAGUACCCGGGAGAGGCUUCGCAGCUUCCAUCGGACACACUUUCUCCGGGAGCUUCAGGGCUGUGCCACCCACCCCCUGCGCAUUGGGGCCUGCUUCCUUCGCCAUGGGGACCAGUUCAGCCUUUACGCCCAGUACGUGAAACACCGACACAAACUGGAGAAUGGUCUGGCUGCACUUGGCCCCCCAAGCAAGGGCUCCACCGAGAGUGGCCCUCACUUGCCCCAGGCGUUGCAGCAGCCCUUGGAGCAGCUGGCUCGGUAUGGACGGCUCCUGGAGGAGCUCCUAAGGGAAGCUGGGCCUGAGCUGAGUUCUGAGCGCCAGGCUCUUGGGGCUGCCGUGCAGCUGCUCCGGGAACAGGAGACCCGUGGCAGAGACCUGCUGGCCGUGGAGGCAGUGCGUGGCUGUGAGACAGAUCUGAAGGAGCAGGGCCAGCUCCUACACCGGGACCCCUUCACUGUCAUCUGUGGCCGAAAGAAGUGCCUUCGCCAUGUCUUUCUCUUUGAGCAUCUCCUCCUGUUCAGCAAGCUCAAGGGCCCUGAGGGAGGGUCAGAGACCUUUGUUUAUAAGCAGGCCUUUAAGACUGCUGACAUGGGGCUCACAGAAAACAUCGGGGACAGCGGACUCUGCUUUGAGUUGUGGUUCCGGCGGCGGCGCGCUCGAGAAGCAUACACUCUGCAGGCAGCCUCACCAGAGAUCAAACUCAAGUGGACCAGUUCUAUUGCCCAGCUGCUGUGGAGACAGGCGGCUCACAACAAGGAGCUCCGAGUGCAGCAGAUGGUCUCCAUGGGCAUUGGGAAUAAACCUUUCCUGGACAUCAAAGCCCUUGGGGAGCGGACGCUGAGUGCCUUGCUCACUGGAAGAGCCGCCCGCACCCGGGCUUCCGUGGCCGUGUCAUCCUUUGAGCAUGCCGGCCCGUCCCUUCCCGGCCUCUCACCGGGAGCCUGCUCCCUGCCUGCCCGCGUCGAGGAGGAGGCCUGGGAUCUGGACGUCAAGCAAAUUUCCCUGGCCCCAGAAACACUUGACUCUUCUGGAGAUGUGUCCCCAGGACCAAGAAACAGCCCCAGCCUGCAGCCCCCCCACCCUGGGAGCAGCACUCCCACUCUGGCCAGUGGUGGGAUCUUAGGGCUGUCCCGGCAGAGUCAUGCCCGAGCCCUGAGUGACCCCACCACUCCUCUGUGACCUGGAGAAGAUGGAGAACUUGGCUAGAGGCCUUCCUCUCAGCACACUUUGGGCCGUGAUGGCAGUGGGACAUAGUGGAGGCUGGAAGAGCACUGAAUUCCUUCCUUCUGCUUUCUGGACAGAGAGGAGGUCACAGGACCAGCAUGUUUCCCUGCUGCUAUCUCUGGCUCUCUCCAGCCGGGUGCCUUCCUGCAGGAACCAAAGUGUCCACUCUUUGCUUGCCUUCAUGCCCUGGAGGGGGAGAAAUGAGCUCUCAUCCAGUCCUUCCCCAUCUUGGGCCACUGCAUUCUCCCAGGACACGGCUCCGUGUUGGCCCUCCCCCAACAGCCUGCAUUCUCCCCUUACUGUGGUGCCACCCAGACUCUCCCCUUAGAAGUCUCAUCUCUGCCAGGUCAGCUGUGGUUCCUGGUGACUCCACUCUGGGUUGUCAUAGGAAAUGGAGUUUUGCAAAUCAUUAUAGGACGGUGGGGGGUUGGGGGGGGACUACAAACUUUAUACAUGUAAUUACUGUUAUUAUAAUACUAUUGUUAUAUUAAACGUAUUUACUCAUACUUUGUGUUAGAAGAGCUAGCGCAGACCCUGGGUUGUUCCUGGCCCCAAACUGGGUGUGGGUGUGGGAAAAUGCCCCUCCCGCAGUGGCUCCUGGAGGCUCAAUGCACUCUGCGAAGUUCCACCUCUCCCACUGCACCCAGUUCUUGAGGCUGAGGGGUCAUCCUUAAGCUGGGAUCCAGCAGUUCUCAAAAUGAGGUCCUCAGACCAUAGGGCAUGAGAAUCCCCUAGGCUACUUGCUAAAUGCUAAUUCCUGGGCCCCACCCCCAGAGCUACUGAAGCCGAAGUCUGGGGGUGAAGCCCAAGAUUUCUCGUUCCUUAUUAAGCUCUCUGGGUGAGCACUUAAGUGCCCCAAGAAGUAUUUCUGGACAAAAUGGCCCAAGUAGGACAGGACAUAGGCAGACAGACACAGCGCCCUGUGCCUCAAGACACCUGUUUAUUGGGGACACAACUCUGCGACAGGGAUGACAGGAAUCGUACCAAAAAUAGCGACGUCUACAGGGCCCCUGAAGGGGCUAGAAGGGUACAGUGCCCCCCACCCCCACCCAUUGUACAAAAAUAAA